ACCAGGUAAGUUUAAAUGAAAGACAGGUUUGAAGAGAGGUUAAGUGAGCUGGAGUCUCAGGCGGCCACCCUGCCCCCAGCCUUGCUUAAUGUGCACCUUUUCUGCUACCUUUUGCAGCAACUUUCUGGGUUGUGGUAUCAUAAUCGUACCCACCACCCUGACAUUUUUGCAGCACAGAAUCACCGCUCUCCAAAGUUUGCCACUAUGAUGUGCUCAGCAUGUGAAAAGUCCUUUGGAAGCACAGCAUCUCUGAAUAAACAUAUGAGAUCUGACCAUUCAGAUAUCAAGAUGCUGGAGUGUGAGAACUGUAAAGACACCUUUGCCACCCAAGCCUUGUUGCACAUACACACGAAGUCCAAACAUUCAGGAAUCCAUCCAUUUAAAUGUUCGUACUGCUCAUCGACAUUCAGAUUCCCUGGAGCAUUGCAUCAUCAUUUGAGCACAGAACACCUAACUCAGCAAACCAGCACAUUUGUGUGUGGGGAUUGUGCCCAACUGUUCAACUCACAACAGGACUUAGAAGAACAUCAGAGGAGCAAGCAUGCUGGAAUCCUGUUUACUCAUGUGCAGGAAGCAGCUGAAAUGGUUAUCCAAGCAUCAGAACAAAUGCCUGCCACUGAACAGGUUGUAUCCCUCGAGGAAACACAUCUCAGCAAUGUUGGAUCGCAGGUGUUUGUGGCUUUGCCCAAUUCCCAAGAUUGUUCCUCAGGGCCUCAUGAAAUUGUGGCAUUGAAUGUGAAUGAUUUACUUGAUGGGUCUGUGACACUCAUCUGUGGGGAGACGCCAUGAAAAAUAGCAAGUUUAAAAAUAGGCAAUCUCAACACAAUCCCAUGACGUUCAGUGAUAUGAAGAAAAACCUUUGCUUCACAAUAUAGUUUAUGAUCACAGAUCACACCAACUUCAGAACUUCUUUGAGUGCUUUAUUACAGCAGCAAUUUUACAUAUGUUUAGGAAUGUAAUCAGUAUAAAUAUCUGGUAAUUCUGCAAUACCUGACAUGACAUGGUAUCAUAUUUAAAAUGAAGUUGUUAAGCUGGAGCUGCAGUGAGUCUAGCAGUAACAACAGUAGAUGAUCCUUUUUAAUCCAUUGAUUGUUCCUUUAUUCCUAUCAUAGGAUCACAGUUCCUUAAUGCCAUAGAACAGGAUUGUUCCAAGUUUGAUCAGUGAUUCAUGAUAUGAGGAGUGCAGCACAUUGGGAAAAGAGGUGUAAUGGAGCCACAGAAUUGGGUUUGACAUUCCCAUAGUUAAAGGAUGAAUAAUAAACUCGGUGUCUUGAGAAAGGUGUGUUGACUUACCCAACCAACACUAUAGCCCCUGUUAACACAGCCAUAAAAUGUAUUUUAGUUUGUGCCUGCCUCCACCAGCAGAACAAAAGAAGGUUGAAGGAUAUAGAUAGUAAUUUCAAUUGGCAAGGUGGAAUUCGAUAGUGCACAAUGGUGACUGAGAUUGAUCAGAUUGUAAUAUUGCUGCUAACAACCAGUUUAUAGAAAUGGUUCUAAAUAGAGACCCUAUUACAUUUAUGGAUGCUGAAAUGUGUAGCAAAGUUGGUUCAAAAGUAUUAGAGAUUGCAGGAUGAUAUUUAUGAUAAAUCCACUCUCAGCAAAAGGGCAAAUCCCUAUCAAUCACUUACUGUCAAAUUACCCUUCAAAGUUCAUCAAAAUUAGUUCUUCAAAAGCUUCUAACACACUAGUCCUGUGUUUGUUUGUAAAAUAGCCAACCUAAUCUCAUUAUUUUGCACCUGUAUAAAAUAAAGAGGAAUCCAUGCUGUUUGUAUGAAUGAAAAAGACUACCAGUAUUUCUUUGAUUUGGAUCAAUGUUGGACUGCCAUUGUCUUUGCUGACUUGUUCAUUGUCUGUACAUUAACACAUGUAUCUAAUUACUUUGCAAAAGAAAAAGUUUUUUUAUAGAAUGUAAUUUCUGUUCCAUAUUAGUUAUGAAACACCAUUUCAACAGGUAGAAUCCACUUCAAAUUUAUCUAUUAUAGAACAUCAGUUUAGAUUCUUAAUCUGUCAGCCAAUCUAGUUUUAUUCAAUAACAUAAACAGAAGUUCUGGAAAAGCUCAGCAGGUCUGGCAGCAUCUGUGCAGAGAAAACAGAGUGAAUCUUUCGGGUUCAGUGACCCUUCCUCAGAACUUCAGUUUUUUUCAAUAUCCUGUCAAAAUGUUGCUGUUCUAAAAAUAUUUUAAAUGUUUUGACUUAAAGCUAUCUAAACGUGUGGCAAGUAGUGAUCAAAUGUUACUUUCCCGUUGAAUGCCCAGGUCGGAUUUAAAUAUUUCAGACUAGUUUUAGUUUUAAGUACAAGAUUGUGUAAAGUGAAAUACAGCCAAGUGGUGAAAUGAAGUAGCUGUCUAUCAGUUCAUUGUAUCCCAUUUGUGGCCGAAGCAAUAAGAACCAUCUGCUUUUGAAAGUACAAAUGGGUCGAACCAGUUAAGCUGGUUUAAUUAUGAACCGUUCCUAAAGGCUAUAAGAAAAUUCAAGGAUAAAGCAAGAUAAUUCAGCCCAUCUCUCUUUCUCUCUCUGCCUAUCUCCACAUUCCAAUCUCCAAUUCCAAUGUUACUGUGUUAUCAGGAAGAGAGAAAGUAAAACCAAACCAGAUCAGGUGGACCGAUGUAACUAGACAAGGGAACAAUGUCUCAAGCCUACAAAAGGCAGAGUAGGAUGGCUGAACACUUGUUUGAUGAACUAGGCGUUGUCAUGAACUGCGAACACUAAAUUGGUAAGAACCUUCACCCUCAGUCUGUGAAAACCUAUCUUCUUUCUGAAAGAUUAGUCUGUAAAGGGCUUGAGCGUAGACAUUUUUACCCAGUUCUCAGCAGACAUUCUCCUUAAUCUUCCUUGUUUGAACGUUUUUUUUCACAGAGGCAGCAAAGCUAGUGUGUUGAAGAUGAAAGUGCAUCUCUGUAGAAUGCUGAUGUGACAUUUCAAUUGAGAAAGUUUGAUAUAACAGUAGAAUGAUGCUGAGCUAUUGAUAUUACUUGCUGACCAGCUGACAGCUUCUCUUUAACAAAUUUUUCAAAGCAGAUUUUACUAACUAAACCAUCCUCCAUACUGCCCUUUAUCCCUUUUUUGAAUAGAUUUAUAUUAAACAUUAUCAAACAAUUUGAAAGUGAGGUACCUGAUCCAGUACACGAAUGGUUAAAGUAAACUGAGAUAGAAAUUGGGAGAUGUCUUCUCCAAUCAAUUUAGCAUCUUAAAUAAUAAACUUAAUGGGGUCAACUGAAUUUACAAGGCAUGAAAUGGAAGCUAUUGGAUGCAAUCCUGGAUCGCUAAUCGAAAGGACAGGCCUAUAAUGAUGUCACGGAAUAAUAUUUAAUUGUGACAGGCAAUUAUAAUAGGAGUUGUAAGUUUAUGAAACCUUGCAACUUUCUGAACCACAAAUGUUAUCAUUGGAUAAAGUAAUGCAAUUCUGUCUGCUUCCUCAAUUAACCUUGUCAAACUUGCAAAUAUUGAUAUAAUAUAAAGGAAAAGAUAGCUGUUUAUAGCCUGAACUAUUAAAAUACCUUUGCAUCCUUAUUCUCCUUCCCCACUGAGAAUUGUUUUUUCUUGUCAUAGAAGACAGAAAUGGUGAUUUCUGCAUUGGAGUAAAACUAACAAAUCCAAAAGUCUAUUGCUAAGGCAUGCAACCAGUAGACUGGAUGUGAGAGAACUUGUUUACAUUAUAACCUGAAAAAUAUUCUCACCAUAACUUUCAACUAAGUUAAGGCAUGUUUAAUGCAGGUUUAUUUUUUGAAAAAGAUGGAGAUUAAUGUCCUUCAUAAUGAAGGGGACUGAGGACAAGGAAUCACAAGGUGAUGUUUGCUGGAUUAAAUUAAAUGCUCAUUGCAAACAAUGGCUAUUGUGUUAACAUGUCUGGUUAUUGCCAUUAAAUGAUCUAAAUCGCAGUCUUUUUUGAAUAUUUUGCUGCAUCAAAGGGAAAGAAGAGUCAAACAGUACAAUGAGCUGUGCGUUUUGGAUGAUGUUGCACGUGGAGAACUGACUGCUUUGGAAAUCUGGUCUGAGUACUUCCAAAAUGUAAUAUUUAAAUAAAAAUAAAAAUAAUUUUACAUGUAAUGCAACCUAAGAUUUAGUAAGCCUUCCUAUAAAACUAAAUACAUUUUGAUCAUUAAUUUAUCUUCCCAUUCAGUCUGAACAACCCACGCCCCCUAAAGGGUUUUAAAUU